AUGGCCACGACAACGACAUUAACAUCGCAAUCAUCAACAAGUUCGAAUUCAAGGGAGCUUUGUAUUAUCUGUGAAGCGCAACCCUAUGAUUUAAUAUGUACAUGUGGUGAUAAAUUUGAUUUUACUUGCAUUCAUCAACAUGUCGAACAAAUUAGUCUUGAAUUUCAAGUUCAUCGUGAACAAGUUGCACAAAAAUUAAAUAAAAUAAACAUAAUAUGUGAUAACGAAAAUAGCCAUAUCAAUGCUAUUCGAACAAAUAUAAACGAUUGGAAACGCAAACGUAUUCAAGAUAUUAAUGAUGCAGCUGAAAAAGCUCUCAAUGAUGUUCAACAACAUGAAAAUAAUUUUACAGAUAUUUCAACAUUUGAACAAAUAUUAAAUGAUUUAUCAGCGGAAUCACAUCGUGUUGUGCAUGAUAAUUUAAAUAAACUUAUCGAAUUGGGUCAUCAAAUUCAAAAUAAAACUGAAGAUAUUCAAGCUAUACCACCAAUCAAUCAUGAUGAAGCUAGUUUAGAUUCAAUAAUUCAAUCAAAAUUACACCCAUCACUAUUAACUACAAAUGCACCAUUGGAACCAAUUCUAAACAAUCAAAAUGAUUCAACAACGUCUUUAUCAACUCCUCCAACAGCAUCAAACAGACAUUCGCCACCACUUGUAGAACGAACAGAUUCAAAUACAAAUGCAUUAUCACAUGUAGAAUCAACAAUAUCAGAUACAAAUACAUUGACACCUCAAGAACCAGAAAUUGAAUCAAACAGUACAACAAACGAAAAUGGAGCAUCAGCUGAUGCUGCAAAUUAUGAUGAAUUUGAUGCUGGUAAAACACGUCACAUUCAACGUAUCAAUCCGAAAAUAAUUUCUACAAAUUCUGAUAAAAAUGCUGGCACAAUUUGCUGCCAUGGUAAUCAAUUACUUUAUAAUAGUUACAAUCAAGCAACCCAUAGUUGUCGUUUAACAUUUAUACCUGAUUUAUUAAAUCCAACAGACAAAAAAUCUAUUGAUUGGGGCAAUCCAGAUCAAACUAUUAAUGGUGAUGAUGAUGAAUGGAUACAAGAUAUUGUUUAUUCAGAUAAACUUUCAGGUUAUUUAGUACUUAAUCGUGCACGUUUACGUCUCUUUAAACAUGAUACAAAUAAACUCGAAGAAUUUCGUAUAUUUCCUGAUCGUACUACGAAACGAUUGACAUGUAAUGAAACAUUCAUUUAUUUAACAUCUGCUCAUGGUAGUGCAUCUUAUAAUGGUGAUGAAAUUCUUCUAAUAAAUUAUGAUAAAGAAGAACAAUUAUGUAAAACAUUUCGUGAUAUAAUGCCAAGUCGCGUUAAUCGAGGAUCAGGACAAUUACCUGGAGAAAUAAGUGAUAUCGCUGCUGGAUCAAAUGAUCAAAUUACAAUAGGUUAUCGUUUCGAACGACGUCAUGAAGUUGGUGUAUGUGUAUUUAAUGUUACAAAUAAUGGUAAAGAUUGGUUAUGUAUUAAACAAUUAUUACUUAAUGAAUGUUGGCAUAGUGAUUUAUCAUAUACACCAAGAAUUGAUUGGUGUGAGAAAUUAAAUAGUUUUAUUUUAAUUGAAUUUAUGACCGGUCAUUUAAUUAUGGUUGAUCGAGAUGGUCAAGUUGAAGGUGAAUGUCGAUUUAUGCAAGCAACAGAUCGAACUGAAUCACCAAUUAAUUUAACUAUUUCAUCAAAUGAUUGGCUUUGUGUACGAUAUAAUGCAUCAAUUACUAUUCAUAAAAUUACUUAA